AUGGACGGCGGCGGCGCGGCCUCGGUGCGGGAGCUGCCCCAGCGGCUGUGGCCCGGCCCGGGCGACAGCGAGCAGCCCUUCCUCCGGAGCCUGGCGGCGGCGCACGCCCUGGCCAAGAUCAUCCGGCCGUGCUACGGCCCGCUCGGCCUGCAGAAGCUCCUGGUGACGGCCAAGGGCGAGACGGUGCUCACGGGCUACGCCACGGCCAUCCUGGGCGCCCUGGAGCUGGAGCACCCCGCCGCCCGGCUCCUGCGGGACGCGGCGCUCAGCCACGCCGAGCACAGCGGCGACGGCUCGGCCUUCGCGGUGCUGCUGGCCGAGGCGCUGCUGGCGCAGGCCGAGCGGCUGCUGCUGGCCGGCCUGCCGCGCGCCCAGCUCCGCGAGGCCUACGCCGCCGCCACGGCCGAGGCGCUGGCGCUGCUGCCCGCGCUGGCCGUGCGCGCGCUGGGGCCGCUGGAGGACCCGUUCUGGGCGCUGCACUCGGCCAUGAACACGCACACGCUGUCGGACGCCGGGGGCCUGGCGCGGCUGGUGGCGCAGGCGUGCUGGGAGGCCCGGGAGCUGGACGGCACCUUCCGGCCCGAGCGCCUGGGCGUGUGCGCGCUGCGGGGCGGGCCGCUGGACCGCUCGUGCCUGCUGCCCGGGCUGGCCGUGCCCGGCAGGCCCUGCGGCCAGGUCACCGCCGUGGUGGGCGGCGCGCGGGUGGCGCUCUUCGCCUGCCCCUUCGGCCUCGUCGACCCCAACGCGCCCGCCACGGCCACCAUCUCCUGCCCCGUGGAGCUCGUCCGCUUCCGGAAGGGGACCGACUACGUGACGGAGAAGCAGGUGCUGCAGCUGGCCAUGGGGGCCGUGAACGUGGCGGUGGUGUGCGGGCCGGUGGCGGAGAGGACGCUGGCGCAGGCGGACCAGUGCGGCAUCCUGGUGGUCCAGGUGAAGGCGCUGCGCGACCUGCAGGGCCUGAGCGAGGCGCUGGGCACGCCCGUGAUGCCCUACCUGCUGCCGCCGCGGCCGCUGGGGCGGUGCGAGCGCGUGUUCCCGCAGGCGCUGGGCGAGGGCGAGGGCGCGGCGGUCGUGUUCCAGUGGGACGGCCCCGACACGCCCGCGCUCACGCUGGUGCUGCGGGCGGCCAGCAAGGAGGGGCUGCGCGGCGCCGAGCAGGCCGUCUACCACGGCAUCGACGUGUACGCGCAGCUGUGCCAGGACCCGCGGCUGCUGCCCGGCGCCGGCGCCACCGAGAUGGCGCUGGCGAAGGCGCUGGCGGACAGAGGCGCGGCGCUGGAGGGGCCCCGCGGGCCCGCGCUCCUGGCCUUCGCCCAGGCCCUGCGCUCGCUCCCCGCCACCCUGGCCGAGAACGCGGGCCUCGCGGUCUCCGCGGUGAUGGCAGACCUGACCACCGCGCACCAGCGCGGCCACUUCCUGGUAGGAGUGGGGGCCCGGGGCCUCAUGGACGUGGCGGAGGAGGAGGUGUGGGACUGCCUGGCGGCCAAGGCCCACGCGCUCCGCACCGUGGUGGACAUCGUGCUGCAGCUGGCCUCGGUGGACGAGAUCGUGCUGGCCAAGCCCGGUGCCCCGCUCCCGCGGGACCCGGGGCCCAACCCCAGGAAGGCCCAGGAGCGCCCGCCGUCUGCGGGGGGCCAACCAGGAGCAGCAUCCUCAGAAAGAGGGGCCGGCAGGGGGCAGCUAAAGAGGGCACAGUCACCCCGAAAAUGA